AUGAUUUCAACAAAUGGAUCAUCGAUCUAUGACUUCCCUCAAGGGAAAUUGGGGGUUCCUGAUACUCUAUUAGAAGUGGGGUUAUGCCUUCCAAUGUCUGACUUCCUUGAUAUAAGGGUAAAUGUUGGUUCUAGCGAACCUUCCUCGUCUUCUCAACUGGUUGUUGGGGAUAUUUUCACAACCCAUUCUCCGGCCUCCUCAUCUGCCAGUAUUCCUAUGAUGGGUCAAGCAGGAAAAAUGAACGUGCCCAAGCUUCUUGGUGGUAUUGGAGAUGUUCUUGACGAUGGGUUUUCUACGCUCGGACAGAAAGAGAGAGCAGUGAUGCCCAGUUCUUCAAAGGCAUCACCUUCUCCAUUUGUUGACUCACUCACAGUUGAUCCUGAUGCCUAUUCUGUGCUUGGAGGUGCAUUGGGCGUGUCAUGA